AGAAAAUAUCUGGAAGUACUGUAUUGGAUUAUGAUGACUUAUCUAACGGCUUAUAUCUCUAUAAAUGCUACAACCGCCGGGUCAUCAUGCUCACAAAACACUUAGAAUAUGGAUUUCUCCAUCUUCAUCCACUUCAACGACUUGAUACCAGGGUUACCGACAGACCUUGGACUCGAGUGCCUCACUCGUUUGCCCCACUCAGCGCACCGAGUCGCGCUCCGAGUCUGCAGACAAUGGCACCACCUCCUCCAGAGCGACCAAUUCUACAUACACCGCAAGAAAACCGGCCGCACGCGAAGAGUCACGUGCCUCGUUCAGGCGCGUCAUGACCAACCGCGCCACGACAAACACACUGGCUCACUGCCACCGUCUUACGGGAUUAGUUUGUUCGACCCGCAGAGCAUGGCGUGGGACCGGGUCGAACCGGUCCCGGAAUACCCAUUCGGGUUGCCGCUGUUCUGCCAGCUGGCGAGCUGCGACGGGAGCCUCGUGCUCAUGGGAGGGUGGGACCCGGCGAGUUACGAGCCCUUGACGGCGGUGUUUGUUUACGACUUUCGAACGAGCGAGUGGCGGCGGGGGAAAGACAUGCCGGAGAAGCGGUCGUUUUUCGCGAUCGGGUCGGGGAGGGGUCGGGUUUAUGUGGCGGGAGGGCAUGACGAGAAUAAGAACGCGCUGAGGUCGGCGUGGACUUAUGACCCGAGGCGCGACGAGUGGGCCGGGGUGGGCCCGAUGGGCCGUGAGAGGGACGAAUGCGAGGGGGUUGUGGUGGGGGAUGAGUUUUGGGUUGUGAGUGGAUAUGGUACGGAGAGGCAGGGCAUGUUUGACGGGUCGGUGGAGGUGCUGGAUCUUGGGUCGGGUCAGUGGAGAGAGGUUAACGGGGUUUGGGAAGAGGGUCGGUGUCCUAGGUCUUGUGUUGGGGUUGGGAAAGAUGGGAAACUGGUGAACUUUAGAGGUUUGGAUCCGGGUCUUAAGGUUGGGGUUUGUGGGGUUGCGAUCGGGUCGAGGGUUGUGUUGAGUGGAUCCGAAUACGAAGAGGCAGCUCACGGGUUCUAUUUGGUGGACAUGGAGGAGGGGCAGAAUCGUAAAUUGAAAAGUAUAAGUGUUGCUGAGGGUUUCUCUGGGCUUGUUCAAUCAGGGUGCUGUGUUGAAAUUUAGUGAGGGAGUGAUGUGUAAUAUAAUAAUUUUACCAUACAAAUAUCACAUGUAUAUUACUUUUUAUUUGAUAGUC